AUGUCUAGCAUUCGUCAUGAUUUCCUGAGUGAGAUUUUUUUUGAGAUGAAUUUUGUCAUAGGACCAACUUUGUCACAUAAGGACAUGUUAGAAUUUAUUCAAAAACAUGAGCAACUUACUCCACAAGAAAAAAUGUAUAUGAUGAAUUACAUUCGUAAUGACAUGCAUUUAAUUAGAAAUACUGGAAAAUCUCUAAACACAUUAUGUAUAUAUUGUCAAUCCAAAUUAUCAUCAGAAUAUUCUUGCGUCAACUGUAUUCGAGAAAUUCUUAAGCAAAACUUUAAAAAUUGGACUUCUAGAAAUAAGGUUUUAGAUUAUUGUAUUCAGCAAUUUCAACUUUAUUCUCUUAACUCUAAAAAUGCUAGAAAAUUAAUUGAAUGGGUACCCCUUGAAAAAUUUCUGAAUUUGGUUCAUAUAAAAGAUGGUGGCUUUGGUUCUGUCUAUCUUGCAAAUUGGUCUGAAGGCCCAAUCGCCAAAUGGGAUGAAUAUAAUAGAAAUUUCAUUAGAUAUGGUUCGACGAACGUAGCUUUAAAAUCAAUGAAAACUUCAAAUUUGAAUAGUGAAAAGUUUAUCAACGAGGCAUUGUCUCACAUGGCUCUUACAAUAGAUAGUCGAGCACUUGUUUCGUGUUAUGGUUUAACCAGAGAACCAAACACUGACAAUAUUAUGAUGAUUCUAGAUUAUAAAUCAGGUGGUGAUUUGAAUAGGUAUUUAAAUAACGAUAUUCCAUUGACUUGGAAAGAAAGAUAUAGAAUUUUGUAUUAUAUUUCUAUGUCACUUGGUUUGAUUCACGAUAAAGGAAUGGUUCAUAGAGAUCUUCAUCCUGGAAACGUUUUAUUAGAGAAAUCUGCGUGGUUUGUUAGUGAUUUGGGACUUUGUAGCUUUGUUAAUGAAAGUGAAUUAAUCAUCCCAGAAGUGGAAAUAACCUUAGAACCAAUUAAUGAGUCGUUCAAUGAUUUUUCGAUCCAAAAACAUAAUAAAGAAAAAAUCAGAAAAGCGAUUAUGCAACAUAUGCGUAUACAAUUAGAUAGUAGUGGAUUUGCUAUACCAAUACACGUAGAAAUCGGUGACAGUCUUUAA